UGCCACACAGUAAGCAAGCAACAUGAAGGCAGCAUACUUUUAUCUUGCCAAUGCUGUCACACUGGGCCUACUGUCCUUUUCUUCAGGUUUGAAGGAGAAACUUACAACACCUGUCAAGGAAAUAUGGAAGGCUUCUUCUAUUAAAGUACCGGAAAACCUGAUCAAUAAAUCAGUGGAUGCAAAUAACCUUCCUCGAUGUGGUGUAACGGACCCCAGAGAUUUCGCAAUACUUCCAGGACGUGCAAAAUUUCCAAACACUGAUCUCACCUACAGGAUAAGACAACACACACCAGACUUAACAGACAGUGAAGUGAACAACAUUAUAGCGAAUGCUCUCAACACCUGGGCCCGCGUUACUCCUUUGACAUUCACGCAGACAACAUCCACAGCAGACAUUGAAAUUACUUUUGCUUCCAGAGAUCACGGUGACAGUUCUCCGUUUGAUGGAUCUGGUGGUGUUCUGGCCCAUGCUUUUGGCCCUGGAACAGGGAUUGGAGGUGAUAUUCAUUUUGAUGAGGAUGAAACUUGGACAACAAACUCUGAUGACUUCAACUUGUUUCUUGUUGCGGUACAUGAAGCUGGUCAUUCACUGGGACUUGACCACUCCGAGGACCCUAAUUCUGUGAUGGCUCCCAUCUACAAGUAUGUGAAUACUGAGGGGUAUACUUUGCCACAAGAUGACGUUAACGGCAUCCAAUCUUUAUACGGGCCUCUUCUUAACAGCACAGCAGCAUCCACCACACCUCUAGCAUCUUCAACACAGAAGUCCCCAGCAUCUUCAACACAGACGACUACAAAGCAACCAACACAGACGACUACAAAGCAACCAACACAGACGACUACAAAGCAACCAACACAGACGACUACAAAGCAACCAACACAGACGCCACCAACCUGUGACCCAAACCUGUAUGCAGAUGCUGUUUUGAAGAUAGGGAGAACAGUAAUUUACUUCAAAGAUGGGUUCACGAAGAGUUCACGAUCUCCACGCAUAAGCCGAGUUCAAGACAUUUGGCCAGGUGGCCCAUCAAAUGUUGAUGCUGCCUUUGCAAUCAGAUGGAGAAAUUGGAAAACCUAUCUUUUUCAAGGAUCACAAUACUGGCGCGUUGAAAGGAAUGUUUUAGAUUCGGGGUACCCAAAGCCCAUCAGAAACUUUGGUUUUGCAAACAGUGUUCAGAAAAUUGAUGCUGCAAUGCGUAUAAAUCGCAGAACAAUACUGUUCUUUGUGGGCAAUCAGCUCUGGAGGUACAGGAUUGGCGUAGGAAUGAUAAGAGGAUCUCCAGUCCCACUGAGACAGGUCUUUAGACAAAAUGACAAUGUGGAUGCUGCUGUUAAAUAUCGAGGAAACUAUUACCUCAUAAGUAGAAGGAAUCUCUACAUAUACGACCGGAAGUUUAGACUCAGACGUGUGUUCCGCUUGAGAGGAUGGCUGAACUGCCUCUGAGUAACCUUGUUUUGCUGAUGCGCUGCUGUGCAUGGCAUUUUGUGCAAAAUAUUGCUGGGAGAAGAUUAAAAAUUGAUAUUAGCUAAAAUUAACAAUUCAAGGCAUGUGUAAUGAUUAGCUCUUUCAUAAUGCAGCAGUUACAUUUUAACAAAAAGUUGAUCAGUUGCUUUGACUUUUUUAACAACUCAAUAAUCAUAUUUUCAAUAAGUGCACCUUAAAGCUGAUCUGGGUAACAACUGAAUAUUCAAGUGUAUGAAUAAGGAGCAGAGGUAGGGCAUUUGACCCCAUGAGUUUUCCUCCAUUCAGUGUGAUCAUGCCUGAUAUGCCUGUACUCCAAUACCACAUUCCCAACCACCUCUGGAACUUUUCAACCCUUGGCAAGGAAUAUACUGUGUACAAUACUCCCAAAUGUCUUCUCAUCAAUGCCCUAACUAACUGCAGCUUAUUUUUCUAUUCAAUUUUCUCUCAUAAUAAACAAUAACAUUUUUUCAGCUUUCCUCAUAUCCUGCUGUACUCACAUACUAGUCUUUUCUGCAUCAUUCACUAGGCCACCCAAAUCCCAAUGCAGCUCCAAGCGCAGACAAUAUGUUUUUUUAUUAUUCCUACCAAAAAGGACAACUUUACAUUUUCUCACUUUAGGCUCCAUUUGCCAGAUCUUUGCCCACUCAUGUAACCUAUUUAUACCUCUAUGUAGCCUCACACCCUCUUCACAACUUACUUCAACAAAUCUUCGGCAAAUUUAACAACCAUAUCUUUGGUCUCGUCAUCCAAGUUAUUUAUAUAAAUUAUAAAAAGUUGAGUCUCCAGCAGCAACCCCUGUGGCACACCACUUAUUAAGUCUUGUCAUCCAGAAAAAGGCCUACUUACACCACCUCUCUCUAAUCGCCUCUCUAAUGCCUCCUACACCAUGAGAUUAAAAAAUAUAGCCGAGAAUUUGGGUCUUGCAGAGUCCAGUUCUAAUGUUGUUAUGUGGUACACAUUUGACUUUACCCAGAGUAGAUUGUAUGGAUCAUUUCCAGGUGAAAUCACAUUGGAUAUGAAAUUAGAACUUUUUUGUGCUUUUCAUGUUAGCGCAGCUAAAAAAUUCCCAGAAUCUGACAAACAUCCAACAUGUAAAACCUGCUUCCCAACACAAAUUGCAGCAAAAUGCAGCAACCUAUGGCCAGUGUGGCACAGUGUUGGUAGAACUAGGAACACAUUGCGCUCGUUUGUUGCUUUUCUCCCAAUCUGUAGGCACACUCUGCAGACAUUGGGUCACCUGACUGGGCCUUCAGAAGUGAUUUCCAGUGACCCAGAUACCUUCCAAAGACUUCACAGUGUGCACCAACAAACAAACCCUGCUUCUUCCUGCAUUUAGCUACUGAGAUAGACAUCCAAUAGUGACAAGGCUGGCAGUGCACCAUUACAGGAGAAACUGAACACAGAUUAGGUGAUCACUACACAGGGCACCUGCAUCCAGUCUACAUGAGCAAUCCUGAACUUCCAGUUGCCUGCAACUUUAAUUCUCCAUCCCAUUCCCACUGUGACCUAACUCCCUGUGGCACUGUUACCACAUGGCCAAAAGCAAGCUUGAGGAACAACUCCUCAUCUUUGUCUGGGCAUGUUGCAGCCUGCAGAACUAACUGUUAAAUUCUCCAGCUUUAGGUUUCUGACCAUUUCUAUCAGUCAUCCUUCUGUAAUUUUUGGCUCAGUUUGUCUCUUUCCAGUUGUACAGUCUGACUUGCUGCGUAUUGCCCCACAACCCUGGCACUAGCAAUUCAUCACACAGAAGCAUAAUCUGCCUCUGACUGCCACAUCAAUCCACCUGAUCUCACCAUAGAUUCAUGGAAUCAGAGUUAUGAGGCAUGGAAACUGGCCCUUCGGCCGAACUAGUCCAUGCCAUCCAAGAUGCCUAUCUACACUGUUCCCAUAUGCCUACAUUUGGCCCAUAUCCCUCUCAACCUUUCCUAUCCAGGUACCUGUCCAAACAUUUUUAAACAUUGUAAUUGUACCAUCUCUACCAUCUUCUCUGGCUGCUUGUUCCAUGUAGUCACCACCCUCUGUGUCUCAGACUUGUCCCUCAGAUCCCUUUUAAACCUUUCCCCUCUCACCUUAAACCUAUGCCUUCUAGUUCUAAGAAAAAGAUUGUAACUAUUCCCCCUCCCUAUGCUCCUCCUUAUUUUAUAAGCCUCUAUAAGGUCACCCCUCAACCUCUGUCUCUUUGGGGAAAACAGACCUAGCCUAUCCAAUCUCUCUUUAUAACUCAAGCCCUCCAUGCCUGGGCAACAUUCCUGUGAAUCUUUUCUGCACCCUCUCUCACAUAAUCAUAGCAUUCCUCUUGUGUGGUGGCCAGAACUGCUCAUGAUACUCCAAGUGUAGCCUAACCAACAAUUUGUACAACUGUAACAUGAUGUCCAAGCUUCAAAACUCAAUGCCUUGGCCAACGAAGGCAAACAUACCAUAUGCCUUCUUCACCACUCUCUCUAGCUGUGUUCCAGUUUUCAGUGAACUAUGUAUUUACACCCCAAGUUCCCUCUGUUCAACAACACUUCCAAGGGCCCUGUCAUCCAUUAUGUAGGUCCUGGCCUGCUUUAACUUCACAAAAUGCAUCACUUUGCACUUGCCUAAGUUAAAUUCCAUCAACUGUAACCUUGCCCACUUUCUCCCUUCAUCUCGGUCCUACUGUAACCUUAAACAACCAUCUUCCCUGUCUACCAUCCCACCAUUGUUGGUGUCAUCUGCAAACUUACAAAUCAUGCCACCGAAAUUCUCUUCCAAAUCAUUACUGUAUAUGAUGAACAACACAGGACCCAGCGCUGAUCUGUGUGGCAUGCCACUGCUUGCAGGUCUUCCCAACUUCCCAACCUGAUAAGUAACCCUCCACUACCACCUUCUACCAUCAAGUUUUUAUCUAAUUUGCUAUCUCCCCCUGGAUCCCAUGUAUUCUCAUCUUCUGGACCAGCCUACUAUGUGGCACCUUGUCAAAGGCCUUGCUAAUGUCCAUAUAGACAAGAUCUAAAAGUUUCCAUCCUUAGUUGCCAAUUGCACUUCACAAUGUUUCCUACCUGUGCUUAGUGAUGAUGGUGCACUGGAUGGACCCGGAGGUGUUCUGACCCACGCUUUUCCUGCUGGACCAAGAAUUGAAAGUGAUGCUCAUUUGUUGAGAAUGAAACUUGGAGAAAAGGAGCUGGUGGAAAAUGUUUUUCACUCUUAAUUGAAACUCGGUGAUCUACAUUUUUGAGUCCUUGCUAAUAGACAUCAUUUUUGCCUCUUGCUAGUACAUCCUGUAAAGUCAUAUGUUUUCUGCCCAGAGUGGGCCUGAAAUUUAGAUAAUUGGACAAACAUAUUGAAAGGUGAUCUUUUGUAAUUAUUGUUUGACAACAACCAGUCGGUAUUCCAAAGAAAUCAGAGAUUGUAAAAGCUGGAAGUUAAAAUGUGUAUUUUCAAAAUAAUGCAUAGUACAAUUGUACAAUUGAUUCA